AUGGCAGACCCUUUCUCAGUCACCGGUACUGCAGUCGGCAUAGUUUCUCUUGGCCUACAGACUUGCCAGAUUCUUUACAAGUAUUGUUCCGAGUUUAAGAGCUUCCCUCGCGAUGUUGAGGCCAUCCAACGGCAAAUCAGAGGCCUUCAAGGCAUCCUAGAAGGGCUCCGCGAGGUUAAAGAACAACUGGAAAUCGACAACCAUACGCCGUCUUCGCAAUUACAUAUGACAUUGAAGGAAUGCGAAGAAAUGUUGCACGAACUUAUGAGGAUGGUAGAGAAACGGAACCCCACUUCAAAAUUAGACAAUGUUCAAACUCAACUUCGAGCUGUGAAGGAAAGGAUCCUCUGGCCGUACAGGAAAGAAGAUCUCAAAGAGGUGCAGUCAUUGCUUACAAGGUUCCAAGAUAAUUUGGCUCUGGCUCUACAGUGUGUCGGCCUUGACGGCACGCUACGUCGGCUGAGAGGCCUACAUUAUGAGUUCAUUGCCCAACAACAACAGGCGAUUAUGGUGGAACAGACCCUCAAUAAAAAUACAGAAUUGCUUCAAAUGAUUCGUCGAGAUGUUGCUUCGCAAGGCCCUGAUCUGUCGAAGAUAUACAAUGAGAUCAUGAGCCUACGAGCUCAGCUGUUAGAAGACAAUGUAUUUGUGGAUAUUGGUCGAUAUCCGUUGGCGGACAGCGACUCGUCUUCUCGGAAGUUGAUCCUCACAUCGUCAUCAACAGUAUAUGCUUUCCCACAUGAAGAAGACUAUGAGCGCACAUCUCAGCUUUCAAAACGGAGUUGUUUCGUCCAAACUGGGAAGUCUAAUUCAUGUCACUGUCGCUCGAGACGGAAGCGGAAAGCUGAAUCCAGAAGAUGGUACAUGAUCCAGACAAAUGAAGCCUAUGAUCACCACGAAGACUGUCCUCGGUUCACACAUGGUGACUACACCAAAUCUGUUGCUUUCCAUUUUUCCAUGUACAACAGUCUGAUAAGGUUAUGCGUACAGGUAGGAUGGCAGUAUUCAAGAAAAGGGGGCUGGAGUUCACCAGCACCCGUGCUGAGAUAUCGGACUGUAGCUCCGCAAGACUCACCGGUGUUCAGACUCUUAGAUUACCAAUCCUGGUUCUGUGACUACGCACUUUCACACGAGGAAAACUGUAGCAAGAUGGCAAUCAUUUUCCCAACCAUUGCACCUAAACUUCAACAGGAGUUUGGAAAGGGUGCCUGCCCUACUCAUCUUGAUACGAAACGAAACGGAACUUUAUACGCUGUCCUUCGCUUCAUAGAAGGUACAAUGAGUUUGAUGGACUCAAGAGAGGAAUUCAUGAGAAUUGUGUCUGAGGUCAUUGAUGUGUGUUUCGACGCAGGUGUACCCUUUGACGAUCAAGAUGCCGCUAGACGGUAG